UGUCAGUUGUCAGUCGCACUCUCCGUCUCCGACUCUUUUACUUGCUGUCUAUCACUGUCACAGCCAAGGAACGCAGACUGCACGGAGCCCAGUUCUCCGCUCGUUAAAUCGUAGCCGGAGCUCUCUCUUUCGUUAGCCCUCACUAGGGUUUUCAGUCGAGGCGAGGGAAAGAAGAACCCAAAAAGGGGAAAGAAUGGAAGGCGUGGGGUCUCGGCUCGGCCGCGCGUCGUCUCGGUACGGCCCGUCAGCUACGGCGAACGUGUUCAACGGUCCGGUGAGGAAGUGGAAGAAGAAGUGGGUCCACGUUUCUCCACCUCCGGCCGCUAAUAAUAACAGCUCGCGCGCUCACUCCAACGGCCAUCACCUCCACAGCGCCGCGCUGAGCAACAGCAGCAAUAGCGAGAGCUCUCGCCUCUUGCUAUGUCGAUGGACCCCUCUCGCCGCCGGAGGAGGCGCAGGCGAUGAUUCUUCCGCCGCGGACGAGCCUCCAAAGCGGAGAAUCCGCUACACUCCGAUUGCAGCGCUGGAGGAGAGGACUAAGGCAGCGAAGAGCGUUGAUGUUGAAGUCAAAGAAGAUCAGAUUACUGAAUCCAAGGCUUCCGAGGAUGACGAGCCGGAGGAUGAUGAUGAGACUAUGAAGGAAGAGACACAGGAUCCGGACAAUGGUGGUACGCUAGACCUGGGGCUGUGCCUGAAAGGCGAAGACAAUGAGAACAAUGAGUCCCCCAACCAGCACAAGGAGGAAGCGAAUUCAAGCAGGGCAUGGGCGUUUGGUUAAGCACCAGGAAGCUGGGGAUGCCAUUUCAGAAGGUAGUGAGGGAUCAAUUAUGGCAAGUAGCAGUAGUAAUAGUCUCAUCAGUAGGAGAAGACUCAGAGACCCAUGAUUGUAUCGUAUUGUAUAUGGCUUGUAGUUCUGUGUUACCAACCUGCCUAGGCAGAAACCGGUUGUAGUUCGUCAUUGUCUAUGUUGUUUGGUGUUAGUAUGUAUCCGUCCAAGGUCUCCAGACAUACAUUCACUGAUCCCUAUGUAAGUAUCGUAGUGGGUGCGCAUAAUCUUAGUUUCCAAGUUUCAACUGUAUACCAGACUUGUGGCACAUCAACAGCAGCAUGGCUAACAUGAUAGCAGCCCUGGUUGAUCUAGAACCGAAUGUGCAAACCCUGUUGCUGCAAAAGGACGAAGCCAAUUCUUGCUUAUUGUAUACGACCUCAGCCAUACCCCCAUUAUGCUCGUAAAACAACGAGUUACAAUUCAGUAGAAGAGGAAAAAAAUGCCGUUUCUGGUGUCAAUUAGUAAUUUUCUAGAGACGACUUUGUGUAUAUGCUAAUGCUAUCGUGUUUGAUUAGCGACUAGAUGGGGAGGGAAAGAACAAAAUGAAUUUCUCUUCAGCAUAUUGGGGAAGGAAGCACAUAACCAACAACCCCUGAAAUCUACAACAUUUCCGGUCACCGUGAGAAGUAUCUUCUCAUCAUAGCUUUCGAGCAUCCUAUAAAUUAUCCCAGAUAAAUGAAACAGACACGUGAAUGCCUGAAGUGAUGUAGAACACCGGAUGACAAGAAGGAUUUCUCCCAAGAGUGUGCCUCUUUUUAUCAUAACAAUUGAAUCAGUUCUCCUAAGAGUCGGCCUCUGCUGUUUGAGUAACACCGACAUCUGCUGGUCGAAUCACUCGUUCAUGGAGCAUGUAUCCUGGCUGCAUUUCAGAAUACAAAAGAUAAGAAACUCAGAAACUCAGUUCUGCAGAAAAAGGUGGUCCUAUAAUGACUCCUAAAUUAGAGACGACUUAGCACAUGUCACUCAUGCAAGGAAACUACAUGCACAUCAGGAGGAAGCAGUCAAAGUUACAAAAAAGAACGUUAGAAUUCACUCCAUUAAAAAAAAAAAUCAACCCAUCAAGUCCCAUUAAGAUGCCAACACUCAUUUUGGACAUCGAACAAGCUGAGAAUUCAUCCUCGCCGUAGUAUCCAAAACUAAAUAUGCCAACAGUUUUACUGCACCUCCUUAGUAAAAGCUAAUUAGGUCCUUGAGCAUCAGCAAACUGUUUGCACACUUCUCAGUUAUCAUAGCUCUUGCAUAAUAACCACACCGUUACUAUUUAUACAAACCUGAGUCCCUGAUCAAAGAGAACAUAUGCAAGCAAGAUGCAGCCAUAUCAAUUAUACAAAUGAACACAUUUACUCCCA